AUGGCGCCCUCCAUCGACGUGUUCGUCACUUCGAUCCUCUCCAAUCCGGCCAUCCGAGGCAGACACGAGCGAGUCAGGCGGUGCUUGACGAGUGCGAGGGUCUCGUACCGCGAGCAUGAUGUCGCGAGUGACGAGGCGGCCAAGAGCAUGUGGAAGAGAAAGAACGGCGGGAAGAACGAGUUGCCAUGCAUCCUGGUUGACGGGGAGCCAGUCGGCUCAAUAGAGGAUCUUGACGAAGCCGUCGAGUUUGGCGAACUGCGGCAGUUCCUGCGACUAGACUCGCCGGCCGCUCCUCUCCCUGCCUCAACAUCCGGCUCUUCCGCCGCUCCAUCCGACUCUACACCCUCGGCCCAGCCGUCAACCACCUUCACCUCUCAUCCCUCCGCUCCAACCUCCUCAAAACCCAAACCCUCCAUCGACGACUUCGCCGACUUGAACCUCUCCGCCUCCGAACUCGCCGAACUAGCGCGCGAGAUCGAAGCAGGCGAGACUUUCUCAUCCGCUUUGACGCCCUCUACUUCCUCCGCACUCGACUCCACGGCAAGCAAAGGAGGGGAAGGCGGAGGGUUCUCCUUCGCUUCCUCUGCGACGCAACACUUCGACCCCGUUCACUCACCAACCGAGCCUCUUAAGCUCGAGAAGGUCAAUUUCGUCCGCCCGCUUCCAGAUCGGCCGCUGCACCAAGCCGGUGAGGCGGACGAGUUGGAGGGUAUUGAAGGGCUGGACGAAGUGGGAGAGGACGAACUGGAGAAGUUGGCGAGGGAGUUGGAGGAGAUGGAUGCCGAGUUCCGGCGGAAGAAGGAGAAUCGACUAUCUGCGACGAAGGGGGAGAAGCCUCCAGUCCCGGACAAAUCAGACUCGGGCCUCGACGACCCCCCUCUCCCCUCCAAGCCACUCCCGCCUCUCACUUCUCCCUCAAACCUCAAGCCCGACCUAGCGAGCAAGACGACCAUCGAAGGAGACGGCGGCGCGAGCUUGUCUGCUCCGUUGGUCGAGAUCGAGCCACUCAGGUUGUCGGGACGGGAGAAGGCGAGUUUGAUGGCGGACGAGGCGCCGAGGGAGGUCGAAGUCCAGCCUGUCUCGGAGCUGGAGAAGCACGUUGCGGAGACGCCUCUCCCUUCCACCGACGGCGCCGACGACGCGCGAGGAGCGCUCGGACGACCGACUUCGACUCGCGAGGCGGAGGCUAUCAAGGCGUCCUUGAACGGCGGUCAAGGGGAAGAGGCGAGUCCAAUGCCGCACUUUGGAGUCGAGGACAUGCUGCCCCAAGCUCAGGGCCAGCGUGAACGAGGGAAGAACGACGUGGAUGAGCGGGUUAUCAACGCGAUUCGAGGUGGCGAGUUGUAG